CUCGGCGUCAAGAAAAAGCACUGCCGCUGACAAGGAUGAGGCGCGGCAAGAUGGGAAUUGGGGCCGUAAAGUGGAAGCAGGAGCAGAAAAAGGCUUACGAGGAGGCGGGAGCUCAGCUGACGCAAAGCCAUCUCGCUCAUGUGCAGGAACAGCUCGAGGUGUUCAAGACGAAUCUGCAAACGUUUGCUGUCAAGUACAAAUCCCAGAUCAAGAAAGACCCCGAGUUUCGGAAGCGGUUCCAGGUCAUGUGCGCCAAGAUCGGGGUCGACCCUCUCGCGUCGAAGAAAGGCUUUUGGUCUGAGCUGCUCGACAUGGGUGACUUUUACUACGAGUUGGCUGUGCAGAUCAUUGAAGUAUGCAUCUUGACUCGCAACAAGAACGGCGGGUUGAUUGCGAUCCAGGAUUUGCUUGGAUUGUUGGACCAGCGACGGGGGCCAUUAAUGCAAAAGAUUUCCGACGACGACAUCAAGCGAUCGGUGAAGAAACUUAAAGUUCUCGGUGAAGGAUUCAACGUCAUCGAACUUGGGUCCAAAACGAUGAUUGUCACGGUGCCAGUGGAACUCAACCAAGACCACUCGUCCAUCCUCCUUCUCGCCCAGGAGACGAAAGGAGUUAUUACUGUCGCUACCUUGGCCGAGAAGCUUGGGUGGGACGCAAAUCGUAGUAUGUUGGCAUUGAAUAUCCUGCUGCGCGAAGGCAUGGUGUGGUUGGAUGGAGAACAGAAUUGCCCAGGGACCGCCUACUACUUUCCCAGUAUUGCCUUGGCUGCUGCCAGCUAGGCAACAAACAGCAGCUCCAAUAGAGAACUCCCAGCCAAUUCCAGUUUGUGUAAUAUCGUAUUUCCCCGUAAAGAUCACGUUAAGGUGAACGAACAAUGUUGUUUGGCUCGUCA